GCUGCUGCCUGUCUGAGGGCAGGCGGGAGAAAAGGAAGGAGGGAGGCUGGCUCUGGGGAGGGGAGAAAGACGGAGGAGGCGGUAGCACCAGUACCAGUGAUUGCUGCCAGUCCUCGCCCCCCGCUUCUUUUCUCGGCGCAGACAGGCAUUGCCCUGCUGGAUAGCUACCGCCUCCCCCCCUCCUCACCCUACGGCUCCAGGAGAAGGAAGAGAGAGAAGAGGAAGAAAUCUUUCUUGGGGGUGGGUGGGGUAAGACGGGGGUGCUUUUCCCUCAGGGAGGCGACGACUGAACCCCUAUUCCCGUCCUCGCUCGAUUUCCCCUGUGGCUGGGGAGGCGGGAAGACUCGGUCGCCUUCCGCGUCUCCUCUCUCCAGAUUUCUCCCCAUCCUUGCCUUUUCUGCUUGCAGGAGGAAUGUGGGGGGGGCUUGAGUUGAGAGUGGGGCGCUCGAUGCAACGGCUGCUGGUGAUCCCCCUUCCUUUUUGCCUGCUGCUGCGUGGUGGUACAAGAACUAAAUUGAACUGAGCGGAGGGCUUGAACUCACCCUUUGGGGGGGUAAAUACCCCCCCUCCCUUUCACUUUACCUUUUGGCUCCUCUUCCUCCCUUUGAGCUGGUUGUUGCUUCCUUAUCGUUCUCUGGAAGGACGUGGUUGUUAUAUGAAGACGCUGUGUGGACAGUAAUGACUGGACGUUUCCGAUUGCCUGCUGGCAGAACCUACAAUGUACGAGCAUCUGAGCUGGCACGAGACAGACAGCACACAGAAGUGGUCUGCAAUAUUCUUCUUCUGGAUAAUACUGUACAAGCAUUCAGACUCAAUAAACAUGAUCAGGGGCAAGUUCUGUUGGAUGUAGUUUUCAAACAUCUUGAUCUGACUGAGAGAGACUAUUUUGGUUUACAAGUGGCUGAUGAUUCUACUGAUAACCCAAGGUGGCUGGAUCCAAACAAGCCAAUUAGGAAACAGUUGAAAAGAGGAUCACCUCACAAUUUGAACUUCAGAGUAAAAUUUUUUGUAAGCGAUCCUAGUAAGCUUCAAGAAGAAUACACACGGUACCAGUAUUUUUUGCAAAUUAAGCAAGAUAUUCUUACUGGAAGAUUGCCCUGUCCUUAUAAUACUGCUGUACUCUUGGCUUCCUAUGCUGUUCAGUGUAAGUACAUAUCUGAACUGGGAGACUACAACCUUACGGAUAACUUCCCAGGCUACCUCUCAGAUUACUCUUUCAUCCCUGGCCAGCUUCAAGACUUUGAAAAAGAAAUAUCCAAACUCCAUCAGCAACAUAUAGGUUUGUCUCCAGCUGAAGCAGAGUUUAGUUAUCUCAGUACAGCCCGAACCUUAGAACUCUAUGGAGUUGAACUGCACUAUGCAAGGGAUCAAAGUAAUAAUGAAAUUAUGAUUGGAGUAAUGUCGGGAGGCAUACUCAUUUAUAAGAACAGGGUACGAAUUAACACCUUUCCAUGGUUGAAGAUCAUAAAAAUUUCUUUUAAGUGCAAACAGUUUUUCAUUCAACUUAGAAAAGAAUUGCAUGAAUCUAGAGAAACUUUAUUGGGGUUCAACAUGGUGAAUUAUCGAGCGUGUAAGAAUUUAUGGAAAGCUUGUGUAGAACAUCACACCUUUUUCCGGUUGGACAGACCACUGCCACCUCAGAAGAACUUUUUUGCACAUUAUUUUACUUUAGGAUCAAAGUUUCGGUACUGUGGGAGAACAGAGGUCCAGUCUGUACAGUAUGGCAAGGAAAGGGCAAACAAGGACAGGGUGUUUGCCAGAUCCCCAAGUAAACCUUUGGCUCGCAAAUUGAUAAGUGGGAUGGACUGGGAGGUUGUCAGCAGAAAUUCAUUGUCUGAUGACAGGUUAGAAACUCAAAGUUUACCAUCCCGUUCUCCACCUGGAACCCCUAAUCAUCGCAACUCCACAUUUACUCAAGAGGGAAACCGUUUACGGCCAUCUUCAGUUGGACAUUUAGUAGACCAUGUAGUCCAUACUUCACCCAGUGAGGUAUUUGCAAAUCAUCGGUCGCCUUCUUCUACACAGGCCAAUAGUAUAAUUCUAGAAUCAUCACCAUCUCAAGAGACCCCUGUAGAUGGCCAGCCACCUGCACUGCCACCUAAACAAUCUAAAAAGAACAGUUGGAACCAAAUUCAUUAUUCACAUUCACAGCUAGAAUUGGAUAACCAUAUAAAUGAAACAUAUGAUGAUGAUUCUUCCUCAUCUCCUGAAAAAUCUACUCCAAAUGGUGGGAUUCCUCAUGACAAUCUUGUUCUGAUCAGAAUAAGACCUGAUGAAAAUGGCAGAUUUGGUUUCAAUGUAAAGGGUGGAUAUGACCAGAAGAUGCCUGUCAUAGUGUCUAGAGUAGCCCCCGGAACACCUGCAGAUGUUUGUGUCCCUCGUUUGAAUGAGGGAGACCAGGUUGUAUUGAUCAAUGGCAGGGAUAUAUCAGAACAUACCCAUGAUCAAGUUGUUAUGUUUAUUAAAGCUAGCUGUGAGCGGCACUCAGGGGAACUUGUACUUCUAGUUCGACCCAAUGCUGUUUAUGAUGUCGUAGAAGAAAAGCUGGAAAGUGAGCCAGAUUUCCAGUACAUACCUGAGAAGUCCCCACUUGAUGGAGUUCACCAGGAUGACAAUGCUCUGAGAGAAUCAAUGUUUCAGCUAGCAGAAGGGCUGAUCACUGGAACAGUCCUGGCUCAGUUUGAUCAACUUUAUAGGAAGAAGCCUGGGAUGACAAUGUCUUGUGCCAAAUUACCUCAAAACAUUUCCAAAAAUAGAUACAGAGACAUUUCGCCUUAUGAUGCUACACGGGUCAUUUUAAACAGUAAUGAUGAUUACAUCAAUGCAAAUUAUAUAAAUAUGGAAAUUCCUUCUUCUAGUAUAAUCAAUAAAUACAUUGCUUGUCAAGGUCCUUUACCCAACACUUGCCCAGAUUUUUGGCAGAUGACCUGGGAACAAAGCUCAUCUAUGGUUGUUAUGUUAACCACUCAAGUGGAAAGGGGCAGAGUAAAAUGUCAUCAGUACUGGCCAGAGCCUGGUGGAAGCUCCUUAUAUGGGAAUUUCCAAGUCACCUGCCAUUCAGAAGAAGGAAAUCCUGCCUAUGUCUUCAGAGAGAUGACAUUGUUUAACUUGGAGAAAAAUGAGGAUCGUCAGCUCACUCAGAUCCAGUACACAGCAUGGCCUGAUCAUGGAGUUCCUGAUGAUUCCAGUGAUUUCUUAGAUUUUGUGUGUCUUGUCCGGAAAAGAAGAGCUGGGAAAGAAGAACCUGUUGUUGUUCAUUGCAGUGCAGGGAUUGGACGAACUGGAGUUCUUAUUACUAUGGAAACAGCAAUGUGUCUUAUUGAGUGUAAUCAACCUGUUUAUCCCUUGGAUAUUGUAAGAACAAUGAGAGAUCAAAGGGCAAUGAUGAUCCAAACACCGAGUCAGUACAGAUUCGUUUGUGAGGCUAUUUUGAAAGUGUACAAAGAAGAACUUGUUAGACCUUUAAAGACAUCACUGCAUAAAUAGAAAGCAAAAGAUACCUUUCAGAGAAGAAUCUAUGUAAGACACAAGCUGCACUUGUGCUAUAAUGUUGCUUGCAAGAAAUGGUGUCUGAAAAUAAUGAAGAACUGAAAAGGACUUCAGCACUAUUGCACUUUAAGUUGAAACUGAAAAUCAGUCUCUAAAACACUAUGAUUUUUCUGUGUUGAAAGACUCCAUUCAUGCUUUGCUUCAAACAAGCCACAGACUGACUGAACUCCAUGAGUUCUGGAUAAUUUUCCAGACUCGGUUGUAGUGCCAUAUAGCCCUUUUGUUUGAAAUGCUACAAAAAAGAAAAAGAAAAAAAAGCUUGGAAUACUUCCUUUGUUUGACACCUAUCUGUUUCUGAAGCAACAACAAUACAUGCAAAGCUAUUUCUUCCAAUACUAAAUUUGUCAUGUUAUUUGCUACCUUUUCUUUUGGUGAAAUAUUAGCAAUAUUCCUUCUAUUAGAUACACUGCCUACUGAAACAGCACAUUUCUCCCUGUGCCCUUCUAGAAUUUAACCUGAUUACUAAUGGAAGGCUGCAGUUUGAUCUAACCCAAUAAUAGCUGCAUAAUGGCCCAUUGAACCAGCAUUUUAUUUAGUUGGUAUAUGGACAUUCUUUGUACUACUAGUUGUGUUUCUGUUUUUCAGCAUAUUAUAACACCAGUGUGUUCUGAAACAUUGAUGGCGUUACCUAAUGGGAAUGAAUGUGUGCAUUUUGUCUUAACCCCUUAAGUGCCUUGAGACUUACAGUGUAUGUCUUAAUGGCAAGGGACUUGUGGCCCUCGAGGGGAAGUUAUCAUAAUUAAAUUCAUUCUGAAGCAUGAUCCUUGGUGCUUAGAAUAUGGUACAGUAAGGGGUCACAGAAACACUGUUCCUUUUCUCUCUACAAGUACCUCUGGGUACAUUUUACUAUGGGUAGCAAAAGCAUUCUAGCCUAUUAAGUAUGUAACUUUGUUUACUGCUAUGAAUUGAAAUGGAAAUUCUGACACAUUCCUGUCAACUGGUAAACUGGUAGCAAUUUAUAAUUGAAAGCCAAUAUAUUGAUUUAGAAUUUGUUCUUCUGUUUACCCUUCCAAUGAAAAGUAAUGACUUGACGAGGAUAUAAUAUUUUAAUAGUAUUGAUAUUCUGCUUUAAAUAUGCAGACCCAAGGUGAGCUUUCCCUAUCAUAGUUAUUUUUCUCCAGGUUCAUGUUUGUUCUUUCUCAAGUCAUGUUUAUGUUGGCUUACAUUUUUAAAGGAAAAAUGUGUCAUUAAAGUUUUAUAAUUGUCCCCUAGAGCUUUCAAAUAAGCUCUUCGGGGUCUCUCUCUGAUACUUCAUUCAGGAAUUGGCAUAUAUGCAAUUGGAAGCAACAGUAUCUGAACAGGUUGCAUAUAGGUUUGUUUUUUGUUUCAUUUCAGAAAUGUUUCUAGGACAGGUAAAGCCCACUAGGCAAUGAAUAUUCCUUCCCUAGUAAAUUGACAAUUUAAGUCUUUAUGAAACUUUAAUCUGCCUGUAGUUAAAUAUUUUGAUUUGUUACCAGUUUUUAAAAAGCAAGAUAUGCAGAAUAUGAAACAAGAAUAUGGACUUCGUAAAAAUGCAUUUGUGUGUGUGCAUGUGUGUAUAGAAAGAGUGAAUGACCAUGUAUGUGUGUAUAUAGAUAUAGAUAUAUAGAUAUGCACUCAUACACACUUGUUUUGUGGUGGGAGUAACUUAGAUAUGUCAGUAGAUGAGGAGGCACUUUCUCCAAAUCCCCUUUUCCUGCUGUCAGUUGUACUUUCCUAGAACUUGUAGAGGGCUGGAAAUAGAAGUAUCUAUUUCUCAUAACUGCUUCCACAGAGGGAUCCCUCACCUUGGAUUAAGAGUCUUCCAUGGGCAGAAGAAACUUCUGUAUGUAACAUGAUGCCUAGAUCCAGCCAGGAUGCAUUGAGUUAAUUCCCAUUCAGUUUAAAUGCUGUUAUACUAACCCUAUGCCAUGAUGUGAAAUAAAGGAGUAAACAAAAGCUUUUAGAUUUGUUUUAAACAGGCUUGUAAGAUGAGCAGUAUGUUUCUUCACAAACCAAAUCUAGCAUAUUUCUUAAACAUAAUUGCUUUAUGGGCUCUGCACACACUCUCUCUCUCUCUACUGUCAAGGAAUUGGUUAGCUGUUCCUUUUACCAACCUUGUGGUUCAAGUGAGAUUGGAUAUAAUAAGUUUCAAAAAUCCCCACAUCCUUAAAUGAGCUUUUUCCAAUCUGUAGAAAUCUAGUUCUUUGUGCUUUCACAAACUGAAGCAAAUGCAAAACGCACUUCUAUUUCUGACAGCAGUGAAAAUGAAGGGAAUGAUUGAAUCAAUGUUAUUCUAGAUGAAAUAACUGAAAGAUCCACAGGCUUUUGGUGGCCUGUUACUAUUCAGUAGAACCUAUGAGGUUGGAGAGGACAGCUUCAUAUGAUAAAGUGCAAUGUGGGAACAUGCUUCAAAGUCUGUGCAAUCAUCUAAAUUUUUCUUAGACGCUGGUAAACCUUUUAAUGGAAUGCCUGCAGUGAUGGUUCUUGCUACUGCUAGCUUUUAGUAAAUGCAUGAGGAAAACAAAUAAAUGUAUGUCUACUCAUGCUUGCUUAAAAGAAGGCUUAGUACCUGGAAAGUGGGUGUUGACUUGGGUAUUAUUUUAAAUUAUUAUACCAUUGUGCUGGUUAUUUGCAGGGCUGGUUUGCACUUGGAGCAAGUUUAAAUAUUAAAUUAUUAUACCUAUUACACCAUUAAUUAAGCCACUUAAUGAUCUUACUAUUGCCAACAUACACAUUCAAAAUAAUUGUCUCUUUGUAAGAUUGUUGAAGGGAAAAAAUCUAGGAUGGUUCAGCAAUGUUGUGUAUUGUUAAUAUUGUACAUACGCUCAUGUUCGUAUGUGAGGUUGCCAAAGUAAUUUAAAUCCUUAAGAAACAUUGCUACAAUAAGGUAUAGUAUUGUUGUGGCAUAGUUUUGGUAUUUAGUAUAUUUAUCCAACACAGAGACAGAAACAUUAACCACCUUAAUAUCUUCCCUCCAAGCUGAUUUAGGACUUAUUAGUACAUGGCAGUGAAUACAUUUUGAAAUUAUAUUUGCUUGGUAGGGUCACAAACUAAAGGAAUUUAAAUGCAUAAAUUGGAAAAAUGGAAUAAUAAAAACAUCCUCAUGUCAUAGAAAUGAAUUUUCAAAAUGCAUCUGCCCACUAUGAUAAUCUUUUACUAAUAUUUUUAUAUGACCUAAAAGUUAAUACUGCUAAUUGCUUUGCAUUGGGUUAUGAGGAUCUGCAUCAAGCUAAAAGGAAAAAUAUUUUUUGUAUGUGUUUCAUUCUGUACAAAACAUGAAAAUGUGUUUCAGGCAUAAUGUCAUAUAAAAUGAGUGUUAUGGAUGUCGGAUUUUAUGCAGAAAUAUUUUCUUACUAUUUGCUAAAAAAAUGGGGAGAAAAAUUGUAACAUUUCCUGUUUUCUAAUUCAAGUUGCUUUCGUUGUAAAUAAGAGCAAUAGGGUAAUAGUUUUGUGCCAAUAUAUGUUGUUUUUUUAAAAAUCUUGAAAAUUAUAAUUAUUUAAGGUACUUUUGAAGAUUGGUCUCAUGCAGAAAUUUAGGACUCUAAGACUUGUUAAAAUUGUUUUUGUUUUGUUUUCUUUGCCUUUAAGUUGUGUGGCUUUGGGGUGUAGGGGGUAUACUAAUUUAAAUAUAAAGUGUCCAUAGUAUCAGUCAUUCUCUGAGGAAUACAACUAAGUGAACUGGCUAAUUGUACCACUUAGAGUAGUCCCUCCAAAUCUCUGAGUGGAAUAUGCAUUUCUAGUAAUAACAGCAAUGGCCCUAUCUCAUCAUCAUCAUCAUCAUCAUCAUUAUUAGCCGGUGAACAAAAUUAUUCUUGGUGUAGUUGAUGGAAACAUUUGGACAAGCAAAUUUAGGAUAUAAAUUAGACUAUGUUAUGUUAAAUUACUGCAUUAGAUCCUGUUAUGGAAGCAAUAAAAUCCAUCAUAUAUGUACUCUGCAGUCCAAAAUAUUUUACCACUUUAAUUCCCCUCCCCAAAAAAUCAUGCUGCAACUUUCAUCAACAGCUUUAUAUAAAUAUUUCACAAAUGUUUUCUAUUUGUAAAAUACAUAUUAGUUCUUAUAUCCUCCAGUGUAAUAGUAGUAUCCUGCAAUUAAUUCUUUAGAAAUGCUGCUCUCCUCUAAUCAGAAGGCACAAAAUGCAAGUGAAGAGAGCUGGAGAGAGGUUUUUUGAUAGAACUAGUAUGGCCAGCACUUUGCUGCAAGUAAAGUACAGAUUAGAAUGUAACAUCUGUGGAAGGUACAAUGAAUUGCUUCAGUUGCAGAGGAUAAGAAGUAGAGGAAAAGUGGGAUCUCAGCAGUUUUUGCAUCUGGUGGAGGCAGAAUUCCAUUAGAUUUUUGGAUAAUGGGGUCUGCUUGAUAGACUAGAUUACAACUAUGCAGGCCUUCAGUUGGAGUGGAUGAUUCCCCAGGUCCCUGAGAGUCUUGCAGCAUGUCUACCCCAGACACUGUAUUAAGCCAUAGAUGUUUUGUUCAAGUGUCCCUCUUCACUGUGACUAAGCUCUCUACAAGGAAUGGAGACAUCUGGUACUAGUAGUCUUAAAUUAAUUCAUAGUUAACAAUCACAAAUUACUUAGGUCUGUAUAUGCUAUAAAAUUACAUGCAGACAUCAUCUCCAGAUGAUGUAAAGCAUAUUGACCAGGAUAUUGUCUGCAUGUGUAUUCCUCCCAUACACAUGAACAAUCUACAGAUUAAACACCUACAUAAAUAGAAAGUGUACAAGGUACAAGACAGGGAAGAACUUGCUUUGCACUGGUUAUUACUAAAUUUCUAGAUGUUAUAAAGGAGUGGAGGGUCAGAAAAAAAAAAAUUCUUCCACUAUCCCUAUGAGUAUGAAAAUAAGGCUCUUCGCAGUGAAUACAGUUCCUCCUCUAGGCAGCCAGUCUUGAUUCACUUGUAGCUGAACAGGCAUAGAAGCAGAUCCUCAGAUGCAUUAAACUAGCCAUGGUAGUGAUUUAGUGCACGUAUCUAGCUAAACAUAAAUCCAUUUCGCCAGUUGGAUUUGAUUCCAAGCAAAUGAGUUGAGAGAGAUGCCUUUUGAGAGAGAUGCCUUAACUACAAAUAUCGUGGCUUUGAUCUAAAGGUGCUCUUGCACUUGUGAAAGGUUUCUGGAUUGCUCAAGGAGAUCCCUUACAGCAGCCUUCCCCAGUCUGGGUCUGUGCCACAUCACAUGCCUUUGGUCCCUAAUCUUCAAGGGUGGAUUUUAAAUUCAGGAAAAGGUAUAAAAGUGGAGAUCCUUGGACUCAAUCUAUUAGCUAAGAGGCCUGUGAUUUAUAUUCAUAUUCUGGGGAGAUGAUAAUCUCAUCUUUCUGUUAAGUUCUGUGUUUGCCUCAAAUCUGGUUUUAGUGAUAGUGUGUGUGGGCUGGUUAAUUUUAAUAUGCAGCUGCCAUGUUUUCAUAAACAUGGAGGAUUAAAUUUUCAGUUGUGCCAUUGCCACAUGCUGCAAAAUAAGGAAUACUGGGUAGAGAUCUAAAUCAUCCAGUUCACUGUAACAUUUAAAUAGCUUUUUUAAAAAAUGGAGAGACAUUUAAAUCAUACUGGAAUUGCUAGAAGGGAAAAACUAUAUACAUGCAUAUGUUUUAAUUUAAUUUAGAUAUAAUGGCUAAGCUAGAAAUAGAAACCAAAGCUAAACUACUUGCUUCUCAAUCUUCUGAGUGGCAAAGAAAGAAAGAAAAAAGAAUCAUCUUGGGUUAGAUAAUUGCCUACCUGAAGCUCUGAAGGUUUAAUUCCCUAGGUUUAAAUAUUCCUCCACAUCAGCUGCAAUCUGGGUCAUUAGAAUAUUUAAGGAAAUACUUUCAGUGGCUAUAUGAUAAAUUUAUAUUGCCUUAAGUAAAAUGUUACUGGUGCAUGAUAAACUCCUACAGAGAACUUUGAAGACCACUAUGUUAACAUUUUGGAAAUGAUUCCCCUGGGAAACAAAAGUGGAUACUUUGGAAAGUAAGAGAGUUUGACUGACAAUAUUUGCUAGUAGAAUUACUUAUUUAACACCAUUUUAAGUAUAUUUCAUUUUUAUCUAAAUUUCUUGAAGUUCAAAAUAGUAGCACUUUAUGUAAUGCUUUACUACUGAAAGACUUUUUAGAUAAAACAAAUCUAUUAUGUGAUUAGAGAGAUGCUUAACUUAUUGAGAGUUUAUUGGGAUUUUUCCUAAUGUGAAUGCUUUAAAGCUUACUUUUCCAGUUUGCUUCCAUCCGUGUUAAGAUGCAUUAAUUAACUCUAAAUUCUUAAUCCUGCCACCUUCCAGAUGAAUGCUUAACAUUAAUGCUUGUGUAUCCAUUAUAGUGCUAAUAUAGCAUAUCUCAUAUCCAGUGCAGUUCUUAAUGCACUACACCUCUUUUCAAAUUUAGUUUCAGAAUUGUAAUAAUCAACAGUGAUAUUAAAAUAAUCCCCACAAAAUAGUUACAGUUCUUUUAAAUUUAAUUUUCUCAGUGUCUGAUAUUUUGCCAUAAAUGAAAAGUUUGGAUCCAGUAGCUGUACAAUUCAAUGUCUAGUUAUUCAGACGGUUCUAUAAGACAUUCUCAAACUUGGGAGACCUUGGAGGGAAACCUCAAAUGCAGCCUAAUUAUGAAAGCAAAAAUGACUGAAACUUUAAUACAAAUGUGGGAAGAGCUUACAUGCCCACAGAAUGCUUUGAUUCCCAUUUAGCAUUUUAACACUUCCUUUAAAAUCUGGAAAUCAGCAAGAGUUGUUUGUAUAACUUUAAAUUAUAAAUAAAGAGUAGGUAAUGCACAAAAAUAGUUUUAAGGGGGGAAAGUUGCAAUUUAUAUAGGUCAAGACUAUGAUAGAAUUGAAGGUUCUAAAACAAUUACCACUAAGUUGUAUUGUGUUCUUCUAUUGUAUAAUAAACUAACCAGUACAAUUAUCUCCACACACACAGGCUGGUUUCAAGUGUAACAUUAAUAUUAAAACUAAUGAUGCGAUUCCCCUAGCAAAUUCUAAAACAAUUUUGUGUUCGUAUGUAGGAUUUCUCUCUCUCCUUUUUUUCUGGCACAGGUGCUAUUCUGUAUGUAAAUAUAAAGAAUAUAAAAUCUAGUGUCUGGAUCAUAUUCACUGUUCUAUGGGUGGCCAUAUUUAUUUUUUGCUGGAAUGAAUUUGCAUGUUUUUUGUGAUUUUGCGUUGUCCAGUUCAUCUGGAUGCUAUGCUGCUCAGUGAAUGGGCUUUGACCAUCUCAUUUAUAUCUAAAGCCAAGAUAACUGUCUAUCCUUUGUUCAUUGUGCAAGUUUGUUCUCGUAAAGAUUGAUUUGUCUUUAAACUUGCGUGUUUUCAUUUUUUAGAAACUAAGAUUAUUCAGCUAAGAGCCUCUACAUUAAGUAGCAGGAAAUGUGCUCUGUUUAACAUGCACUUGGAUUUGUUUAACACUGGACAAUGUGGAAAGAAUUCAUUCAUCACUGCAGCUACUGUAUGCUUUAAAAAGGGCCUUAUAUAUUUUGCCUGCAUUGGAGUAUAAGGAGAGUCCUCACGAUUAAUAAGGUACACUAAUGAUAUACAUACAAUACCAGCAACUCCCAGAGGAAAAUAACUAAAUAUUUAACAUUUAACAAAUCUUGUUUUUAGUCUUAAGAGCAACUUCCUUCUAUUAUGUGAACAAUAUGCUGUUAUACAUAUUUUGUGGAUAUAUUUAAUUUUGAUUGACAAAUAGUUGUCUAGGUACAAACUUGAAAAUAUAUAGUUUACUUGUGAAUCUUAAUUGUUUAAUUGCAAAAUAAAGAUGUGCUUUAGUAAAAGUU